AUGGCGGGGGGCGUUCCUGUGGCGUUCCGAAGUGUGGCGGGGGCACGGGGCGCACACGUGCCCCGGGCGCAUUUCCCCUCACUACGCUCUGCUGUUCUGUCUGCAGCCUGCGUUCUUAUCUCUGGAGGACCCCCGGUCCUGGGGAAAGAUGCCUCCAUGGGAGCAGAUAUCAGCCAUGGGAAUGCAGAGAACCUGUGCGAUGACCCCGUACGGCAGCCUGUUCCCAAGCUGAGAGCAAGACCAGCCCGUACUUGGCCAAAGGGCCCAGCUGUGGGGAUAGAUCUAGGGACCACCUCUUCCUGUGUGGCCGUCUGCCAGAAGGGGAAGGUGGACAUCAUUGCCAACAACUAUGGCAAUCGAACCACCCCCAGCUGUGUGGCUUUCACAGACCAGGAGCGUCUCGUGGGAGAACCAGCAGAGACACAGAGAGGUCUCAACCCGGAGAACACCAUCUUUGGCGCCAAGCGACUGAUUGGGCGUCAGCACAACGACCCCGAAGUGCAGAGCGCCAUGAACCGCUGGCCUUUCCAAGUGGCUGGCAGCGAAGGGAAGGCCCGAGUGCAGGUGUCCUACCGAGGGACGGAGAAGGCCUUUUAUCCUGAGGAAAUCUGCGCCAUGUUGUUGUCCAGGCUGAAGCUAGUGGCAGAGAAGUAUCUGGGCCGUCCGGUCACACGGGCGGUCAUCACCGUCCCAGCCUGCUUCAAUGACGCCCAGUGUCAGGCCACCAUUGACGCCGCUGCGAUUGCCGGGCUCCAAGUCCUGCAUCUGAUCCAUGAGCCCAGUGCAGCCGCCAUCGCCUACAGCCUCAACGUCGGCCCCUGCUGGAAUGCCGAGAGAAAUAUCCUCGUCUUCGAUCUCGGUGGGGGAACACUUGACGUUUCCGUGCUUGCGGUCCAAGAUGGCGUCUUCAAAGUGAUGGCAACGGCUGGAGACGCCCAGCUAGGGGGAGAGGAUUUUGACCAACGGCUGCUGGACCAUCUCGUGCAGGAGUUCCAGAAGAAACACAACGAGGACAUCAGCCAGAGCCACAAGGCCGUGCAGAGGCUGAAGGGGGCUUGUGAAAUUGCGAAGCGAGUCCUGAGUUCCAAUGUGAGGGCCACCGUUUCCGUUGACUCCCUCUACAAGGGAGUGGACUUCUGCACGACCAUCACCAGGGCCUGCUUUGAAGACCUCUGUGCUGACCUCUUCCAAGCCACCGUGGAGCAUGUGAAGAGGGUCCUGGAGGACACCAGGAUCACGAAAGCUCAGAUUCACGAUGUCAUCCUGGUGGGGGGCUCCACACGCAUCCCCAUGAUACAGAAGCUUCUGACAAAGUUCUUUGAUGGGAAGCCGCUCAGCAAAAGUAUCAACCCCGAGGAAGCGGUGGCGCAGGGGGCGGCCAUCCAAGCAGCCAUCUUGACCGGCCACAAAUACGAGAACCUGCAGAACCUUCUCCUCUUGGACGUGACACCAAUUUCCCUGGGACUGGAGACCAAAGGGGGUGUGAUGGACGUUGUGGUCAAGCGCAACUCUCCCAUCCCGAUCAAGGAGACCAGACGGUUCUCCACCACCGUGGACAACCAGACCUGCCUUUUCUUGAAAGUCUAUGAAGGGGAGCAGCCCCUGACGAAGCACAACCGCCUCCUGGGAACGCUCGCGCUGAACGGCCUGCAACCCGCUCCCCGUUGCGUGCCGGUUGUUGCGGUCACUUUUGCCGUCGACUGUAACAACAUCCUCACGGUUUCUGCUACGGAAAGAAGCCACGGAAACAGCAGGCAACUUGUCAUUGUGGACACCCGAGGCCGGCUGGACAGAGAAGAGGUGGAGCUCCUCCUACGAGAGGAGGAGGAAUACCGGCAGCGGGAGAAAGCGGAGCAAGAGAAGAUGGAAGCCGUAAACUCCUUGGAGGCCUCCACUUUCCAUCUAAAACGGGUUGCGGCGCAGAGGAAGUCUCUGGACAGCCGAGCCAAGAGGAGGGUGCUGGAAAUGUGCGAGGAGACGGCCUCGUGGCUAGAAGAAAACCGGCAGGCUCCCAAGAAAGACUACGAGGCGCGGAAGAGAGAGCUGGAAGGUGCGUGCUGUUCCAUCAUCAGCCAUUUUAGCAAGGAAGAAGAAAUGGACAGGUAAUGUCAGGACGGGUAGCCGAACACUUUGAAGUAAAAGGGUGUGGAUGAAAAAUAUCCGACUUCUUGCAGGAGGGAAGACUCAGGAAUGUCAAUAAGAAAGGGCACGGGGGGCAGCCACCGCGGGCUUCAGUGGUA